UGAAAAAAGUCAAGCAAAGUGUUUCGGGGUUUCCCAAAUCAGAUUCACUCCUUUCCAGUCAUAUAAAUGCGAUGUUCGAACGGAAUGUUUCCUCUUCACCUUUUGCGCUGGUACGCUCUUGGACAAGCAUCCCCCCUACCCUACCCUCUUGGAAUAUUCGUUGAGCGAAUACACUCUUUUCCACCCAACACAAACACCCAAUUCUGAUUCUGGACUGCUUUCGUUACGAUGAUGAGCCUCCAAAAAGUCAUUAUCAGUUACUUUUGCGCAGUGUUCCUUCUUUCAUUGAACUUGGCGGCACCCAUAUCGAUGAGAAGAGGCGCAGGAGAUCACACGUUUACUCUUGUCAAUAACUGCCCGGAAUCUAUCACUGCUUAUGUUGAAGACACGAAAUGCGGGUACUCACCUCGCUGUUCUGAUGCCUCAUCGUACACUGCGGCCCAACCCGGAGUAAUUCUUGCAGGAACUUCUAUCCAAGUUACGAUACCUGCGAGUUGGGUUGGACGUAUCUAUGCGGAGACCGUCGCAUCUAGUUGUGGUGCCAAAGGCGAGGAUUGCACAAUAGGGGAAUUCAACUUGGAUACCGGAGACAUAUACGCAGCCCAAGCCUACGAUAUUUCCAACAUUCAAGGAUACACGCAGGCAAUGUCAAUACUAUUUCAAGGGUGUGAUACAGUUACUUGCACAAGCGUAGACUGUUCGUGCUCUGAUGCGUACCCCCCUGGUGAUGAGACUGGCUGUGGAGAUGAUUCCCCGGUCCGAGCGUGCGGUGCCGGAGCCAUACCUGCCACAAUAACAUUCUGUCCUUGAGGUUUUUUGACAGUUGAGACGUCGAGGGUUCACGGGAAAACUGUGUUAUAUGUACAUUAUUGUCAAGGCUACUACGAGGGUUAUUUUGGGUUUUAGGGAAAGGAAUUGCCAUCAUGUUCUGAACAUUGUAAAAGCUACAACUUUGAUU